UUUUGUCAGCCUUGAACCACUGUCGACCUGCACCACCGGUUGUAGGUGCUGCCGUUGCCACUGCCACAGCAUCAAAUUUUCGAUGACAACUGUAGCUCCUCCAUUAACAUGUACGUCCAAAAUCACCAACACUUACUCCACUUUUUGUCAGGUAGCAGAGAAACAGUAUACAACCGUCAAUCUCUUUGGACCCACAGGAAAGUCUUGCAUCAUCUACUCAAAUUUGUUGACCUAACGAAAAUAAGAAGUUGACCUAAAAAAGGAAUUAUCUCAUUAUCUUUUACCUUCCGGUAACGAAAUCAAUUUAUGGCAUUAAUUCUAAAGUACGGUACCCCACUAAAUCAGUAUACGCACACGUGUCGUACAAUCAUUGGCUAAUACACUUGAAAAAACAUAAACAAAUUUUCAUAUUUCGCCUUAAAUAAACAAAAUUUCUUCAUUUAUUCAAUUGCAUGCCUUAUUCGUGUCUGCACUCUGCAGUAGAAACAGAGUAUCUCUACAUAAAACUAAAAUAGAGAAACGUUUCUCUCUGCAAAAUCUUAUUCCGGGUCUUCUUCUUCGUUUUGAUCAAAAUCCAUUGAUUUUCCUUUCUUCUUUUUUUCUUUGAAUAUGGGGAGAAGAAGGAAUUCAACAGUGAAUGAAUUGUUUGGAUGGAUAAGGAAACAAUCAAUGAAAGUGAAGAUAUUCUUAGGAGUGGUUAUUGGAAUAUUGUCAUUAGUUGGUUUGAAAUACUCAGUGAAAGAUCAUAACCAUUUCUUUGUUGCUUCUGAAGCUGUUCAUGUUGCUGGGAUUUUUGUUUUGGUUUAUAAACUCAUCACUAAAAAGACUUGUUCAGGUCUGUCAUUGAAGUCUCAAGAGCUCACGGCUCUAUUCCUUGCUGUAAGAUUUUACUGCAGUUUUGUCAUGGAGGGAGAUAUUCAUACGGUGCUUGAUUUCAUGACACUCGUUGCCACAGUUUGGGUCAUAUACAUGAUUAGAUUCAAAUUGAAGUCUACAUACAUCGAGGAAUUUGACAACAUGCCAAUAUACUAUUUGGUGAUUCCCUGUGCUAUCCUUUCCAUAUUCAUUCAUCCAAGUACUCAUCAUAAUGCCAUUAAUAGAAUGUGUUGGGCAUUCAGCGUCUUCUUGGAAUCUGUUUCUGUUAUGCCUCAGCUUCGUCUGAUGCAAAAUGCGAAGAUGGUUGAGCCAUUUACUGGACACUACGUUUUUGCUUUGGGUAUUGCAAGGUUUUUGGGUUGUGCUCAUUGGAUCAUCCAGGUUAUUGAGACUAGAGGGGCAUACUUAUUCGUCCGGACUGGACUUCUUUGGAUACCAGUAGUUCUGGUUUCAGAAAUCGUUCAGACUUUUAUCUUGGCCGACUUUUGUUACUACUAUGUCAAGAGUGUUAUGGAAGGUCAACUACUGGUCAGACUUCCUUGUCCUGUCUAGAGGAAUUUUAAUCAUGUCGUAUUUAGACAUAUCGAGUAGUUUUAACUAUAACCAACACUAGCUUUGAAGCUUAAUUUAAUUCUUAGUUAAAUGAAUCGCAACUUAUAAUCCCAGUUUUAUAGUUCAAAUUCUGAACAUAAUGUUGCGUUUUCUAUUUCCGGCUCUGCUUGUGAUUCUAUUCGAGAGAUUUUAUAAAUGGCAAUUCGGCACAUAGAAGUCAAUCUGAUUCUGUGUAACAGUCUUGUUUUAUGCACCCUUCUAAUAUUGUGUCAGCCAAAGUCUAUGUUCGCAAUAGGUUGUUUAGCAACUCACUGCUUUUCUGUAUGUUUUUACUUUGAACAUAUGAAUCUAGAUAAAUAUGACAAAUAUGAUUUAUUUA